AAGAAUAUACUAUCCUCUUUUGGACUGGUAUACGCAGAUAUUUACUCUCAAUAAUUUUUUAAAACUGCUGUAGUUUAUAUGUAGAAAUGUAGGUGUGAAUUGUUUAUGCCAACCAUUUUCGACAUGGGAUUUUUUUGAUUGUGCUGUUUGAACUUGCAUUCCAAUUUAUGGGGAGGAGAACCAGGUUGGAAAAACUUGCUACCCACAUAGCUUUUCUCCACUUUAACUUGGAAUCUGCUAGGCUUUGUCACCCAUUAUCUUGGAGGGAGAUCAGAUGAUCUGCAAUUCUUGCAGAGAUUAUGGAGGCCCCAACUGAAGUAGAGCCAGCUUUCAGCGGGGACAGCCCAUGUUAUGCAGAUAUUGUGUCUUACCACUCGCGGGGGGUGGACGGCAAAGAUCCCCCUGCGAACUAUUUCCGCCGCGCCUAUAUUUCUGGCGCUUCAUUUACAAAGAGGCAAAUUCGCCUCAGAAGGCCCCUUAAGGGCUACUCCCGAAGGUAGGCAGCCGUGUGCCAAGGCGGCCCGGAGAUCCUCCUGUGGCACCAAGGGAAACUCCGCUACCCGCUUUUAUCCCCCCCCCCCCUCGGUCGCUUCAGGCUGCUUGCUUUCCUCCGCCUGGUUUCCGAUCCCGGCGAGUCUCCGGCUCCUUUCCGCUGCUCAAGCCACAGAGGCCACCUCGGUGGGCUGUGGGCCGGACCCGCGAGGGAGGAAAGGACUGGCGGCUUAACCGGGUGGCUGCUGACCAGGAGCCCGCGGCAGAUUGCCGCCACAGUCCAGGAAGACAAGCAGAGAUCGGCGGUGGGAGGAGAAAACACGAAACGUAACUAGGCCCUCUGGCUCCUCGAAGAACGCCGCUGCUGACGACAGCGGCGAGGCGAGCUUUGCAGAGGGGAAGGGAGGUUUCGCUUCCAGCCGUGGCAGCCGCCUAGGUCCCUUUGCUCCUGACGAGAAGGGGAGGGGAGAGCCAAUCGGUCCGCCGGUCGGCAGCGGCAGCCGCCUCCGCACCUGUUUCGGAGACCCCGCCCUGCGGCUGCCCAGAGGCACCCGCCCGCUCGAAGGAGGAAAAGGAGGAGGGGGCGACCACGACAACAACGGGGGAGUGGGUGCUGCCGGCGCCGAGCACCUGGCUCUGCAGCCGCCACCCCCCUCCAACCCCCGCUCCUCGUCUCUCGCCUUCCUUAGUCGGCCGCCCCUCAGGGGACUCCGUGUGGCGGGAAGAGCGGGGGCUCUGCGUGGCGAGUAAGGAACCACACGCAAGGGCCGGAUCAAGCAGCGGGUGGAGCCGGGGCUCGCUUCGGCGAAAAAGCCCCCUUCAAAGCCGUCGCUGCCUGGCGCGGUGCCCGGAGCUUUCUUUCCCUUUGCUUUUCCCGUUUGUAGCCAGGAGUGAAAACUCAAAACUCUGUGCCGAAAACCCCGGUUGACCGAAGAGGAGCUGUGGCUUGGGCGGCAGGAUGAAUCCCAAUGUCACCUACGCCAGCCGCAAGCGGCGGAAACCCGUGCAGAAGAUAAUAAAACCUUCCCCUCCUGAAGGAGUGAAGUCAAAUCCAUCGAAAAGGCAUAGAGAUCGAUUGAAUGCUGAGCUGGAUCGUCUGGCUGGUCUUCUGCCAUUCCCUCAGGAUGUUAUUGCCAAAUUGGAUAAACUGUCUGUACUUAGACUGAGCGUGAGUUACCUGAGAGCCAAAAGUUUCUUUGAUGUUACAUUGAAGUCAAGGAGUUCAGCAAAGCCUGAAAGAAACAGCAUGCAGGACAGCAACAGCAUCGUGCAGACCAGAGGGAGAAUGAAUAUGCUAGAAGGUGAACUUUUGCUGCAGGCAUUAAAUGGCUUUGUGCUAGUUGUCACAUCAGAUGCCCACAUAUUUUAUGUGUCUUCUACAAUCCAGGAUUAUUUGGGUUUCCAGCAGUCUGACAUUAUACACCAGUGUGUAUUUGAAUUAAUUCACACAGAAGAUAGACCAGAAUUCCAGCGUCAGAUUCACUGGGCUCUUAAUCCUAUACAGUCCACAGAUUCUGGACAGAUAAUGCAAGGAGAUAAUGGCUUUCAACAAACAGCAACAUAUUACAACCCUGACCAGCUUCCCCCAGAGAAUUCGUCCUUCAUGGAGCGAAAUUUCAUUUGUAGGUUACGCUGCCUCUUGGAUAAUUCAUCUGGAUUUUUGGCUAUGAAUUUUCAAGGGCGAUUGAAGUUUCUCCAUGGUCAGAACAAGAAAGGGAAAGAUGGAACUGUUAUAUCUCCCCAGCUAGCUUUGUUUGCAGUGGCUACUCCACUUCAGCCACCUUCCAUUCUUGAAAUUCGUACAAAGAAUUUUAUUUUCAGAACCAAACAUAAGCUGGACUUCACACCAAUUGGAUGUGACGCAAAGGGAAGAAUUGUGCUGGGUUACACUGAGGCAGAACUUUGCAUGAGAGGAACAGGAUACCAGUUUAUCCAUGCAGCCGAUAUGCUUUACUGUGCUGAGAACCAUGUCAGAAUGAUAAAAACUGGAGAGAGUGGUAUGACAGUAUUUAGACUUCUUACCAAGGAAAAUCGAUGGGCCUGGGUUCAAGCAAAUGCUCGCCUAGUUUAUAAAAAUGGAAGACCAGAUUAUAUCAUUGCCACACAGAGACCUCUUACAGAUGAAGAGGGGGCAGAGCAUUUACGAAAGCGCAAUAUGAAACUGCCUUUCAUGUUUGCUACAGGUGAGGCUGUAUUGUAUGAAGUAGUAUUUCCUCAGCCUGGCAUAAUGGAUUCAUCUCAGACAAAGGUUAAAAGUGGUAUUGGAAAAGGAGCUGUUCCCAAGGCUGUACUGUGCAAAGAAUCUGUUGAUCCCAAUUCACUUUUGGGAGCAAUGUUGCAGCAGGAUGAAUCAGUUUAUCUUUGCCCACCUGCUUCAAAUAAAAUAUCUCUUGAGAGGGAUUUUUUUGCAGACACUAGAGGUGAAUUGAUGGCCAGAAAUUGGCAGGAUGCUCUUUUAUCAGUAGGGAAUAAUAGCAUCCUCAAACAAGAGCUGACUGACUGUCCUCAAGAUAGUAACUUGAUGGUCCCCGAAGAAAAUGUAGGGCUUUUUCAGGAUAACAAAAACAGUGAAUUGUUCAGUAUCAUGAAUAUGCUCGAGACUGACUUUGAUGAUGUAGACUUUAAUUUUCAGCAGGACGAUGAGUUUUUUAAGAAUGAUUUUGCUGGUGUGGAUGAGAUCAGAGAUGGUGACAUAACUGAUGAAAUCUUGACCUAUGUUCAGGAGUCUUUAAAUAAGACUGAUGUCUUGUAUUCAAGUUGCCAGCAACAGGAGCCCAUGUUUCAGAAUUCUGCUUGUUUAAUGCAACAGCAAAUAGAUCAGCAGCAGAUACCAACAAUGAUGGAACCGCAGCUGCCACAGCAGCUGCCACAGCAACAGCAACUGUGCCAAAAGAUGAAGCACAUGCAGGUAAAUGGGAUGUUCACAGACUGGAACUCUCUCAGCAGCACAACUCUUAACCCUUCCCAACAGCAGAUACAACCAUUUGACUUUUCUGACAUACAAGAUAUAACUCAGGAGUUUCCUUACAAAUCUGAAGACAGUACAGCAUCAUAUGCCUGUAGAGAGGAAUAUGCUCCUUACAAGCAACCUACCAGCAUGAUGUCACAAUUCCCAGAUUUUACAGAGGUAGACUUUUUCACUGAAAACUUUAAUCUGUCUACUUUUCCAAGUUCUUCUGAUUUAGAUUUUCUCAACUGUUUUCAAGUCCCUGAAAGUCAGUCCUAUGAGCAGAACUCUCAGCAAGUUACAGAAACUUCGGAGCCAUGCUAUGCUGGUGCUUUGUCAAUGUAUCAGUGUGUGUCUGAAGCCCAGGCAAAUGGGUCAGAGCAAAUGCAGUAUGAUCCUGUAUUAUUGGAACAACAGCCAUCAAAGUUUCAGAAUAUUUUUCUUGAUGAAAACUUGCAAGAUGAAUAUCUACAGCAAUUAGAUGCUGUCAGCACUCAACCUGGGACACAUCUUCAGCCACUUCAUCAUUCAACAGAAUCCAGAUCAUUCUCAGAUUUAGCAUCUAAUGGUUUUGUGUAGUUCAGCAACAAAGUCCUGCAAAGAGUUUGAUCAAGACUCUUAAGUGGAAAAUAAAAAUCAGAUGUUGCACUUAAUAUGCAUGCAUAUAGAAUACGUCAUUCAAAACUUGAUAUUUAUAUGUGGAAGUUGGAGCUAUUUCUAUAGCCUAAAAAUGUGCACAUGUCAGUGAGAGUAUGCACCACUGUAAUAUAAUUGCUGCAUCACAUUUAGAGCAUAAGAUAAGGCAAAUGGUUUUAUUGUUUUAAAAAUAAAAUGGAUACUCUGAGAAUCUUAUCUGGAAUAGCAUAAAAAUUUCUUACAUUAUUUCAAGCUUUUUUGAACCUGGUGUUCUAGUCAGAAGAGCACGUAAAGCAUAUAGUUUAAUUGCGUACUUGCUUAUGAUUUUCCAUUUCUUUUAUUUUACACUUCAGGUUCUAGCACUUUAAUGGAAAGUUUGAUAGAAAAGAUGAAAUGCAGUUUUAGGUUUUGUACAACAAAUUUCAUUGCAUUAAUUCUUUGCAGUUAGCCCAAGUGCCUAACAAAGUAGCUUCGUUAUCUUCAAAAGGCACUUGUAGGAAAGGAGAAGUUAUUCAUUAUGAAAACUAGUAGUCUGCAUUUUAUGGCUGUUCUUUUGUUGCUGUAGUUUGUUUGAAAGCGAAGGAUAUUACUUUAGCUUUCUAUUUCUACUAAGUAUAAUUCUGCUUUUUUUAGGGCUUCAGGUAAGGCUUCUUGUAAGAGAUUAAGAUUUUUUAUUUUAUGUUUAGCUGCUUUUUUGCAUUCUUCAGGUAGAACAGGGUAAAACAGGCAUCUUGUAGGAGUAUUCAUCUCCUAAAAACUGUUUUUGAAUUUCAUAUAUUACAGAAAAAAAAAACAUGUGCCUUAUCUUGUGUUGCAAUGCUUACUCAGAAGUCUUUUUUUUAAGCAUAACCCUGUUCUAUGCAAAUAAUUCCAUUAAAAUUGUUAAUGAUGGCUAAUUUUUUUAAAAAUAGCAUAAAUAGCAUUAGUAAAUACUAUUAGCUUUUACUUUAGGUAACAUUUCUACACUGUGUCACAUAUUGAUUGGCUGCUGUUUCCUUCCUUCUGUUUCAGUGGAAAAAGAGUCCACUGACAUUAAACAUCCUGAUGAUUGCACUCUGAAAGAAAAAGCUCUUUCUAUUUUGCAAAUUCACUUUAAAUGUCUUUGUUCACCUGAUAAAAUUUAAAAUUUAUUUUAAUUCAAAUUUAGAAAGAAAUUAUCCUUGAAAGAGAAAGGAUACUUUAAAUUUUGUUUUAAAAUGUAAAGAAAAACUCCUAGUAUUAGGGAUUGUUUUUAACCUGAAGAUUUUUUAGCAAUGUAAGCACCAAUGUUUGGUGUUUUGUAGUAGUUUAAGUGAGGGCAGGAAAUAUACAUGUACAGGCAAAUGAAUGACAAUAUAUGAUGUGUAGUUAACAUAUAAUAAGUUCCAUUUAUAACAUUAUAAAAUACUUUAAAGAAGUUAAUUUUAAAUUGUUAUCAAUACACAUAACAUAUAUUGCAUAACUGUAUAUCACAAACUGCAGAAUAGUGUUGUUUGAUUUUUUUUUAAAUGAAAUACUGCCUCAGGAGUAUGUUCAGAUUUUGAUGAAAUAACUGUUUCAGUCAAAUUUAAUGAAAAGAAUACAAGGAAUAUUUUGUAGGGCAUGACUGUAGGUGACUUGGUUUCAAGUGAUUCAAAUGAGUUAGAAAAUUUGUAAAAAAUGCUUCCAAAAUGUAUGUAAUACUGAUCUUCUAGCAAAGGUUGUUAAGUAAUUUGUAAAACUUUUGAGUUUAACAACUAGCACAACUUUUAAAGAGCUUUAAAAAGUACUUUUUAAUUGCAUACUACAAUCAAAUAACAUUCAUAAAUAAACAUGAUUUUAGAACCAUAUUGUCUCAUAAGGCACUAGAGGCUUUGCUCAACCCAUCCCUAAAUUUAUUAAUUCAGUAGUAACUUCAUUAUUUCUGAAAAAUUCAUAUGGUCUUGUUUCUAAAUGAUUUCUAUUGCUUUUUUAAAAAAACAGUAUAUGAUUACUAUUACCAUUACAAGGGUAAUGUUAACAAUCAGAAAAUCUACUUUAAAAAGUCAAGGUUCAAAGGGAUAGCAUACUUUUUAUAUAAAAAGAAAAAUGUGGGGAAAGCCACAACAAAAAAUUUCUGUGUAUCAUUUCACUGCUAUGCCAAAUAUUAUCCAAUCACGUAAGUGCCAAGGUUGCAAUACAAACUGUGUGCUGCCUUAUUGUAAGUUAGUUUAUGUUAUGCAUAAUAUCAGCUGUUUUUUUUUUCAUUAGGUUGUGCCUAUAUACAACAAACCUGUGUAUUGGUGUUGCACUUUUGAUCUACAUCAUACUCUUAAAAGCAAUGAAAUUCUGAUUUCGUCCCUUGAAAACUUACCUGUCUACCCCUCAUUCCAAAGAAAUUAUUGCCUAGUUUUAAUCAGUAUUAGUGCAUCCUUUUGUAGUUUAUAUCUUGACUUUUUUUCUUUCCCUUCAUUACCCAUUCCCUCUUAAUCUAUGUUUUAUGUUAUACAAUUAAUUUCUUCUCUGUAAGUUUAUAAUUUUGUAGUGCUUUUAAUGAGCUUCAGUAAAACUUGUAAAGCUUAAUAUAUGGUAAUAAAAUAUCUUCUGAAUACACUGAUCCAUAAUUUAUUUUACAACACAUCAUACUUGGCUUAUUUUAUUAAAAACACAUUAUUAGGGAAAAAUAGACAUUUCAUACUAUGUCAUCAAACUUUGUUUUCCAAAGAGUUUCCCCUUCAAUAAUUUUUUGCAUGAAUCCCUCGAUCACUGUGGCUGUCAACACAGAAUUACUCAGUGACUAUAGGUUGUUUUUCAAUAAUAACAUUUUUUUCUGAACACAUCAAAUACUUGGGAUACUCUUAUCAUUUUAUUGACAAAAGAAAUUUUAAUUACAGGUAGAAUUAAAGGAGAAUGGAAUAAAUAGAAAUAAAAUCAAGAUCUAAGUUUUAUUUGCUGCUAUUUAGAUUUGUUUACUGGUCAAGUAGACAGCAGUAUAAAACUAUUUCUUGAACCUUUUCUAGCAUCAACUCUCAAAAUGCUUCAUAAAGUUGAUAUAUGUACAUAAAAGUAUGUGUUUAAAUAUUUUUAGGAUCCCUUUGAGGACAAUAGCACUGAUUCCAUUCUAGACUGAAUCUAAAAAUAAUUACUGAAUUCCUACAUCAUGUAAUGUAAAUCUGGCUGGUAUUCCAUUGAUGCAGUUAUAUGUAUGAAAAUCCUUGGGUUGGGACCAUAGUACUUCAGUUCUGAAGAAAUAUUCUUUAGUGUAUUAUUCUAUUACUAAGACUCCAUUCUAGUGAAUAUUUGGAAUAGAUCGUAUGUAUGGUAAUCCUUCCUUGCAAUGUAUAACUAUUAAUUUUAGUUUUUUUUAAAUUAUAGAAUAAAUAAUUUAAAUAGAUUUUUAGUCAAGUUUGCAUUAAAAAUAUCAAAACAAUUUUUAAAAAUCAUCAAUCGUCCAUAGUUUUGCUAGGAUGAAAUAUACCAGGUGUUUUUUUUUUUGUUGUUGUUGUUCUGCGCAUUAUUCUGAGAUUUGCUUUUAAAAGAACAGCUUGAAACAGAAGUGGGAAUUUUGGGCUUUGGGUGUGGACUUAGUUCUCAAUUUCCAACCAUUUAUUUAGAGAUUCAAAGUUAUAACAGCACUGAAAAAAGUGGUGUGACUGGUCCUUGCAUUUAGACCAUUGCAAGAUCCUCACUGUCACCUGAUUAAAAUUCAAGCACAUAUAUUUACGAUGACUGCAGUCUCCAAGGAUCAUGUGAUUGCCAUUUAGGACUUUACCAAUUGACUGCUGGUAAGCAAAGUCAAAAGGAGAAGCCAAAAUCCCUUUAAUAAGUAUAGGGAGUUGUUUAACAACCAUGGCAAAAAUGAUAGCAAAACACACAUGAUUCACUAAACAAUUGCCUUGCUUAGUAAUGGAAAUUCUGGUCACGAUGUUCAUAAGCCACGAACUACCUAUACAAAGUUACUUAUUACAAUAUUUCAGAAUUAAAAAUAGCUGGAAUCAAGAGUUAUGCCACAAUCGAACUAAAACUUAGUUUGAAGGGAGACCCAAUAAAAGAAAAGCAAGAAGGAAAGAGAUAAAAUAUGAAGAAAGACACUACAAUUGGGGGAGGAGAA